CACCCAUGUGCCCAUCAGGAAGAGCGCUGGGAGUGCUGACCAAGAUGUCCGCAGAGGUCUGAAUUGUCUACGCUUCCUCCUGGAGCCGGUGGUGAGCUUUCCAGGAUGGAUUUGACCCUCAUCAGUUAGGGUGAUCCCAGUUUUGGCCCAGGGCCUGCUGAAGGUGGGACGCCCCAGCAGCGGUCGCAUCGGCUGAGGAAACAAGAUAUUGGCAAGUUCAAGGUUGACUCAGGCAAACCCAGGCGAGGGAUUAGCGGACAGAAGGGCAUCCAUCCCAAAGUCGUCUGUUGAUCACAAGUGAGCCAUGAAAAACGAGGGGUCAAUAUCCGCCCUGGGACUCCGGGGUUCCAUGGGGCUACUCCGAAGCAGUGAGCCGGUGGGUUUGGCCCCACCCCCUUCUCUGCCCCAGAGCUUGCUGGAAGAGGCUGCUGACUACUUAGUGGUACACCGGGACUUCAAGGCGUGCCUGGAGACAUGCCAAAAGGGCUGCGAGAGCCUGGGCUCUUCCUUGCAGGCAGAGGACUGUGAGGACAGCAAAGACCUGAAGUGCUUCCUGUGUGUGGUGGGGAUCCAGGCACUGGCAGAGAUGGAUCGAUGGCGAGAAGUUCUCUCUUGGCUUCUGCAGUAUUAUCAGGUCCCAGAACAUCUGCCCCCCAAAAUUCUGGAACUGUGCAUUCUUUUAUACAGCAAAGUACAGGAACCCCAAGCGAUCCUGGAGGUGGCCAGCAAUUGGUUGAGAGACCCAGCUAAUCGAGACCUGCCAGAAUAUGGGGCCAUAUUUGAACUCCAUCUUUUUCGGGUGCUGUUGCCCCUGCACUGUUGGACAGAUGCAGAGGACAUGGCUGGGUUCUGUCCAGAGGAGGAGCAGCGGCUGGCUGCUUCUCGGGCCAUCUACACAGCAAGGAAGCAGCAGCAAGAGGGAACCAAGGAACCAAACCCACAAAAGGAGAUCCAGGGAGGCACCUUCUACCGGAAACUUCUGGCUCUAUGGAAGUUACUACGCUGGUUGUUAGAAUCUGUGGUGGACCAUCUCCUUUCUCUGCCCUUCAAGAAGACCUUCCUGAUUGCUUUGAUCCUCUGCCUCUUGGUGGUGAGAUUUGAUCCAGCUUGUCCUUCUUCACUGCCUUUCUACUACAAGUUGGCUCACAUCUUCUAUCGUGUUCGAGGGACCAUCUUUGCUCCGUGCUACCUGUCGUCUUACGAUUCGUGAUGGAGUGAACUUUGCAACCCAUCUCAGCUGUUCCACUCUUGGCAGUGACACUAGCAGCAGAUGUCUUAUUGAGUUCUGCAGUCUUGGCAGUUGGUGUCUGGGGCCUCUGUUAUUUUAGGGCUAAUGAUAAUCCGGUAAAGCUGGGUCUGAUCACAUGGACUACAGCCUGCUCAGCCAGAAACCCAGCUGAGGGAGCGGACGGGCAGAAAUGGACUGUGGUGCUGCUCGUACUUCUGUCCUUUAUAGAUUCCACUUUCUCUGGUCUCAGUGCCAUGAUUCUAGGUGAUAAAGAAGUGGUUGGUGCCAAUAAAGGCUUAUUGUCCGUUUCCUUUAGAAGAAGAGCUCACCACUGAGAGUCUCUCUCAAAGGGAUUGUUUUAGAAUGAUUACCAGGUGCUAUGGAACAUUCCUGUCUAUCCAGAGGCAGGCUCUUGGAGAGGUAGGCUUGGUGAAGAGACUGAGUUAUAUGGUUUAAAGGUCAGUGUAUCUGACCUAACUGAAAACUAAUUGAACCUAAAAAAAAAAAAAGACUGGCUCUUUAUCCCAUGAUAGUAUUGCAAAGUCCCUCUGAGAUUCAUUCUAUUAAUUAGCUUGAAUGAGACUUGAAGGGGGAAAACACUUUUGUUCCUCAAGAGAUGAAAAAAAAAAUAUGAAUCUCUAAGUAGAUUUUAGAGUUCUUAGCAAAUUAGGGGCAGGUGAGUGGCACAAUGGAUGGAGUUUUAGGCCUGGAGGAAGACCCAAGUUCAAAUAUGGUCUCGGACACUAGCGAUGUGAUUCUGGGCAAGUCACUUAACCUCUACUUGCCUCAGUUUCCUUAUCUGUAAAAUGGGAAUAAAAAUAGCAUCUCCCCUCCUCUUUGGAUUGUUGAGAGGAUCAAAUGAGAUGAUAUUUGUAAGGCGCUUAGCCUGGCACAUAGUAAACACUAUAUAAAUGUUAGCUAUUAUUAAGCUAGCAAUUAUUCCAGGUCAGAUCUCAACCUGGCUGGACAGAUCAAGAAUCAUGGGCUAGAAACUGAGCUUGUGCCAGAGUGAUCAACUCCAGGCACUCCCCUGAAAAGAGAUUACUUCUGUGUCUCAUCCUUUGUCAAAAUAACACUGUGUGAUGCUUUUUGCCCUUGUGAUUAACUUUUCAGAUUAUUGGGUAAUUGUCUUAAGUCCUGUUUCCUGACACAUAGCAUCGUUUUCCUGCCCAUUGUUUCUGUCCUUUGAUUGAGGACUGUUCGUGUGAUUCUCCAUUUAUCCUUACCUGCUGGGAGAGAUUGGUGGUUGUGUUUCUGGGACAGCAGCUGGUUCAUCCUUUUGCAUGUCCUCUCAUUCCUGAUCACCUCCUCCCACCCCCUUGCUUUAAAAUCUCCCUUUUAUUUGGAUAAUGCAUGGAUUUUUUUUUUCCACUUGUGGCCUUGAGAAGUAGGGCAGCAGCAGGCUGAUGGCUAAAAAUGGAAUUAGGUAAUUAUGUGAGAUGGAGAAAGAGACCUCAAGCUUGAAAGAGCUGUACAAUAAAAUUUUUUUAUUUGUGGAAAGCA